UCUUCGCGUUUGCUCUCAGGGAGGGAUUAGGCUGUCCGGGGGCGGGGCCGGGGAGCGCCUCCGAUGGCGGCUAAGCAAGGGACCCCCGCCUCCGCUCUGCGGGUGCUGGAAGAAGCGCUGGGAAUGGAUUUGACGGCUGCUGGGGACACCGCAGAGGCGGUGGCCGCCGAGGGCGCUUACUACCUGGAGCAGGUCACCAUAACUGAAGCAUCUGAAGAUGAUUAUGAAUAUGAAGAGAUAUCAGAUGACAAUUUUAGCAUUCCAGAAGGUGAAGAAGAUCUAGCAAAAGCAAUUCAGAUGGUCCAGGAACAGGCUACAGAUAUUCAGAUUUUGGAACAGAAAACAGUCCUUCCUUCAAAGCAACCAACACCUGAAGUGAUAGAAGACUUUCUCUGCAAUUUCCUAAUCAAGAUGGGAAUGACCAGAACUCUCGAUUGCUUUCAGUCUGAAUGGUAUGAGUUAAUACAGAAGGGAGUAACUGAACUUAGAGAUAUUGGGAAUGUUCCAGAUGUCUACACGCAGAAUAUGCUUUUAGAAAAUGAGAACAAAAAUUUGAAGAAAGACUUGAAACACUACAAACAGGCAGCUGACAAAGCUAGAGAAGAUCUGCUGAAAACGCAAAAAGAACGUGAUUUUCACCGAAUGCACCAUAAACGAAUAGUCCAGGAAAAAAACAAAUUAAUUAAUGACCUCAAAGGGUUAAAGUUACAUUAUGCAUCAUAUGAACCGACAAUGAGGGUGUUACAUGAGAAGCACCAGGCUUUACUGAAGCAGAAAAUGCUGACCUCUCUGGAAAGAGAUAGAGCAGUUGGGCAGAUUUCUGGGCUUCAAGCAACACUGAAGCAUAUGGAAAUAGGGCAUAAUUAUCAUGCUUCUGAAAUUAGAGUUGUUCCUAAUUCUGAAAAGGAAAAUGCACCAGAAGGUCCUACUCAGAAAGGUCUUCGUGAAGCCAGGGAAAAAAACAAAUGUAAAACAAAGAUAAAAGCUAAUACAAAGGAUUCAGAAUUUCCCACAGAUAUGCAACCAAAUCCAAACCUGUAUUUAUGUAAAGAAAAUAUUGGUCCAGCAAAAUUUGACUACAAGCUGAAUAACAUUUUUAGACUUCAUGAGCUUCCAGUGAGCUGCAUCAUCAUGCACCCCCACAAAGACAUCCUAGUCACCUGUGGGGAGGACCGCCUCUGGAAGUUGGUGGGCCUCCCCAAAGGCAACGUGCUUCUCACAGGAUUUGGCCACACCGACUGGCUUUCCAACUGCUGCUUCCAUCCCAGUGGCAACAAAUUGGCUACUUCAAGCGGUGACACUACAGUUAAAUUAUGGGACCUGUCUAAAGGCGAUUGCAUUUUGACCUUUGAAGGACACAACCAUGCAGUAUGGUCCUGCACGUGGCACUCCUGUGGUGAUUUUGUGGCUUCUUCCUCACUGGAUACAACUAGCAAAAUCUGGGAUGUUAAUAGUGAAAGAUGCAGAUGCACUUUGUAUGGACAUACAGAUUCUGUGAACAGCAUUGAGUUUUUUCCUUGCUCCAACACUCUUCUCACAGGUUCUGCAGAUAAAACCCUGUCUGUAUGGGAUGCAAGAACAGGUAACUGUGAGCAGUCACUUUAUGGUCACAUGCAUUCUAUCAAUGAUGCCACCUUCACUCCUAGGGGUCACAUGAUAGCAUCCUGUGAUGCUUGUGGAGUAACAAAACUAUGGGACUUUCGGAAGCUCUUACCAAUUGUGUCCAUUGAUAUAGGUCCAAGUCCUGGCAAUGAGGUGAACUUUGAUUCAUCAGGUCGAGUUUUAGCUCAGGCGAGUGGCAGUGGGGUUAUCCAUUUGCUAGAUCUUAAAUCAGGGCAGAUUCACAAACUGAUGGGCCACGAGAGUGAGGCUCACACAGUCGUGUUUUCUCAUGACGGAGAGUAUUUGUUUUCUGGAGAUUCUGACGGCACUGUUCGAACGUGGUCUUGAUGGUCAGCAUAUCCCACUGCGGACGGCAUUCCCCUUAAGGCUUGAAAAUACCUUAUGUAGUCAGUCCCAAACCAGGAAAUAUCUGGUUAAAUAUGCCAGCAGGUAACAUUUACAGUUUGCUUUAAAACAUGCUUUGGACAUGUAUUUUAGUGCUCGUACUGUUACCAAUAAAAAAAUAACUUUUUGCUCAUUUAUUUGUGUCUGGGUCUUUAUUUCUUUUCCAUUUUGAUAAGAAUUUAGAGACAGAGCAUCUUUGCUAGGGGUUUGAAAGAAACAGCUUUACAAUGACGCCUAAUGACAGACUAGAUGAAUUACAGGAGAUUGAUUUUGAAUGUUAGAGAACAAACUGCAGGAGAACAGGGCUACUUUUUUUUUUUUUUAAUCAAAUCCAAGCUGCAGGAAGACCUGAAGUUUAAUCAUGUAGCAUGGAGAAAGUCUUUCUGCAACCAAAGGGUCAAAUAGAAUCGGGGAGCAUAUAUGUUCACAGAUUCUUUGACAAUGAUUAUGCUUUAUCUAUUAAUAAUAAUCAAGACUGCAGUUGGCUUAAAUCUAAAUGCAAUGCUCUUCCAGAACUUUCAUCUCUGCAGCCCCUCUAAGAAUGCAUAAUUACAAUGUUUUGUAUUUUUUAUUGUAAUUUCAAUGUCAAUAAGUAUCUCGUGUGUAAAAUGUCUUUCCCACUCCUAAUGCAUGCAUCGGCUGUAUAAAGUGCGACUGCCUUAGAGAACACUCUAGCCUCGUCUAAAGAAGCAGCUCCGGAUUUCGACCGAGCUGGUCUCAGAAGCCAGUUGUUGGCGCUGUCCGUGGUGCUGAGGAAUUCCCGGCUGCCGGCGAAUGAGCUCCAAAUCAGCAGUCUGCAAACUGCUCUCAGUGAUGCAGAAACCCAGCUAAAGUUGCUCCUUUCCUUCACGUCCACAGUUAGUAUUUUCUGGUGUGUAAGAGGGGAUUCAAGCAACAUAUUGUGGAUGAUGCUGAUGGUACUGCCAGCGGAGUGGGCUUUAAGCUACAGCAUGCUAUUGCUGUUUGUGAUCCUCAGAGCCUAGCCAAA